AUGAUGCUAGGAGUGACGUCGACAGUUGCUCAGGACUACAAGUAUCUUGCGCCUAGGGCCAACGGUGUAGGGCGCGACCCGCAACAGUACUUUGCGGCCCCGUACCAGGUGCGGGCGGGGCCGUUGGGCCAUGGGACGCCGUUGAACCCCGAGGUAUCGGGCGGAUCGUGCGGCAGCAGUGCGGGCUACUACACGUCGAGUCCCACUGCGAACUACGCGGAUGCGCAGCCGUUGCCGCCGGCGCCGCUGUUGCAGUACUCGCACCAGCCGCAGCAGCUGGCGUAUGAGUACACGACGGGCAGCCAGUGCUCGUCCAGCCGCAGCAGGAGCAGCAGCAUAUCGAUAUCGCCGAUCGUGAACAAGAGCCACAUCAGACUGCCUCCGAUAUCCGCACUGGUGCCCGCCGCAGUGUACGCGCCGGAGAAGACUCCGCUGGAUCAUUUGAUGCCGUCCCCGUGCAAUGGGUAUCACUCGCAGUUGCCGCAGCAGGUUUUGGUGAGCGGCCCGGCGUUUCUGGAACAUCAGCAGCAUCUACAUUCACAUUCCCAUCCACAUCUACCUUCGCAUCCACACCAGCAGCUGCAUUCACAUCUACAUCCGCAUCCACACCAGCAUCUACAUCCGCAGCAUUUACAUCAAACUAAUAUACCAGCACAGUUUUCACGACCAAGAUACGACUCGGUUGUGCCAGAGCAGCAGCCGCAACAGCAACAGCAACAGCAACAGCAACAGCAGGCUAAUGGCUACUACUCGAAAAAUGACUCUUUCAAAAUACAGUCUCCUUCAUCGCUUAAUGUAAACAUUAAUACCGAUAACUUAGAUCCAUCGAUAAGAUACCGUAAACAAUGUCCUGUAUGUGGUAAAAUAUGUUCACGGCCAUCAACUUUAAAGACACAUCUGCUCAUUCACACGGGAGAUACUCCAUUCAAGUGUACGUGGGAAGGUUGCAAUAAAUCUUUCAAUGUCAAGAGUAAUAUGUUGAGACAUCUCAAAAGUCAUGAACGGAAACAGGCAAAGAAAGAAGGGAAAAAAUCUGAGGUAUAG